AGAGAGAGAGAGAGAGAGAGAGAGAGAGAGAGAGCAUCAGAAGAGAAGGUAGACAGACGUCCUACAGUCAUUUGAAGAUUUUCUUGCGCUCUGUAGACAUCAGCAUCCGUGCACAAGCCGCAGAGGAUUAAUCCUUCUUCUUUUACUCAUUUAUUUAACCUUAUGACCAGUACUUUAUGACUGUAUCAAAAAUAGUUUAUAGGUAUAUUAAAAAGGAUUUUGGGGUGGAGGGAAGUUUUUUUUUGGUCAGGACCCAUUUUUAGGGUCUCACUUCGAUACUUUUAAGACGAGUUUAAAAUUGUCAUAAUCUUUCCCACGUGCUUAUGCUAUAGUCUGACAAGUUCAAGGCAAUUUGUCAUUCUUUAAAAAACAACAACAACAAAAAAUUCUACAUCCAUAUAGACCUUUUUUGAAAAGCAAAGAUGUCAUCAUAGUUGUACUACGACUUAUUUCUAUUUGGAUGCAAAUUGAUUCAAUUCCCAAGUUUUCUUACCGUUAGGGAACUUUUACAGUUAAUGUGAGAGAUAAACUUCUGGAAAGUACAGCUGCAGUUCGGUCCAUCAUUUAGUGAAAUACCUGCAGAUCAGGGGAGAAGAUCAGUGCUGCUAUCAAAAAAAAGGGCUGAUAUCUACUCGAGCUUUCCAGGGCGCUCGUCGCAAUGCUCUUCGGGAGUUUGGACCUGGUGUCUGCGCUGGCCACGCUGGCCGCGUGCUUGGCCUCAGUGGCGCUCCUGAUCGCCGUGUCUCAGCAGCUCUGGCAGCUCCGAUGGACCGCCACGCGGGACAAAAACUGCAAGUUGCCUAUGCCAAAGGGCUCCAUGGGCUUUCCUGUCAUCGGCGAGACAUGCCAUUGGCUAGUUCAGGGUGCUGGGUUCCAUGCUUCAAGGAGGCAGAAGUAUGGUAACGUGUUUAAAACUCACUUGUUGGGCCGUCCAGUUAUCCGGGUGACAGGAGCAGAGAAUGUACGGAAGGUGUUGAUGGGGGAACACAGUCUGGUGAGUGUGGACUGGCCUCAGAGCACCAGCACUCUCCUAGGGCCCAACAGCCUUGCCAACUCCAUUGGAGACAUCCACCGCAAGAAGAGGAAGAUCUUCGCUAAAGUCUUCAGCCAUGAAGCACUAGAGAGCUACUUGCCUAAAAUCCAGCAGGUGAUCCAGGAGACUCUACGUGUGUGGAGCUCCAAUGCAAAUCCCAUCAAUGUGUACAGUGAGUCUCAGCACCUGUCCUUUCAGAUGGCCAUCCGGGUGCUCCUUGGUUUCCGCAUAUCCGAUGAAGAGAUGCACUUCCUUUUUAACACUUUCCAGGAGUUUGUGGACAAUGUUUUUUCAUUGCCCAUUGACUUGCCUUUUAGUGGCUACAGAAAGGGCAUUCGUGCAAGGGACACCCUUCAAAAGGCCAUAGAGAAAGCCAUCAGAGAGAAGCCAUUGUGUACACAGGGAAAGGACUAUAGUGAUGCCCUGGAUGUGCUUCUGGAGAGUGCUAAAGAGAAUGGGACAGAGCUUAGUAUGCAGGAGCUCAAGGAGUGCACCAUCGAGCUGAUUUUUGCUGCCUUUGCCACCACAGCAAGUGCCAGCACCUCUCUGGUCAUGCAGUUACUACGACACCCGGCGGUGUUGGAGAAGAUGCGUGAGGAGCUACGUAACUGUGGCCUUUUGCAUGAUGGCUGCUUGUCCCAGGGCGAACUGAGACUUGACAGCAUCUACAGCCUUAAGUACCUGGACUGUGUCAUCAAGGAGGUGUUGCGCCUCUUUGCACCAGUGUCAGGAGGCUACCGCACUGCCAUGCAGACCUUUGAACUUGACGGAGUGCAAGUUCCUAAGGGAUGGGGUGUAAUGUACAGCAUCCGAGACACUCAUGACACAUCAGCCGUUUUUAAGGACGUGGCUGCCUUUGACCCUGAUCGCUUCAGUGCAGAGCGCAGCGAGGAUCGCGAGGGCCGCUUCAAUUACCUGCCCUUCGGAGGUGGUGUGCGCUCAUGCCUGGGGAAACAGUUAGCCGUGCUCUUCCUUAAGCUGUUGGCUAUAGAGCUGGCCGGGGGAAGCCGCUUCGAGCUGGCCACACGGACGUUCCCACGUCUGAUCUCUGUCCCUGUGGUCCACCCUACCGAUGGCCUCCGAGUCAAGUUCUUUGGCUUGGAUUCCAACCAGAACCAGAUCAUGUCCAAGACAGACGAGAUGCUGGGUGCCGCUGUGUGAGAGGGGAAAAGUGGAAGAAUGGAUGAUUUUUAACAGAUAAUUUUUUUUUUUUUUAAGCGGCAAAAAUCUAGUGAGUUGAGAGAGACACUCUUCUUUGUCAGUUUCAAGAUGUCACUUUUUGUUUGCCAAAAAUGUACAGUCUAUCUUUUUCUAUAAAAAUAAAAAAGCAUAACAAAAAAAAGCAAUGCAAAGACCAUUAAGCGAUGCUAAGACCAUUUAGUGAUGCUGUGAGAGGGAGGGCACAAGAUGAAAAACAUUUUAAUAUACUGAAAGUUUCAAGAAGAAAGAGGGAUGUUAUGUGUGUCCAGAUAAGUCGAUUUCACAGGGUAUGGGCAAGUGUGUGCUCACAGUGAAGUGAGGACAUGAAGAAUCAUUCUUAUUACAGCCUGAGGUCUAGUACAGGGGUAUCUUUCAGGGUUUGUGCGUGUGUGUUGCUUGUUCUUUUUUAUGUAUGUCUGUUAAACAAAUACUUAUCUAUAUGUACGCAUGUUUUUGGUCAUUUGUGUGUGUGUGUGUGUGUGUGUGUGUGUGUGUGUGUGUGUGUGUGUGUGUGUGAGACUGUGUGAAUGAGUGUGCGUGGGUGUACCUAUUUGGAGGUAGGGUGGCUUCAGGCAUUUAGGAAUGUAGAAAACAGUGUAAGCUAGAAAGAAUUAGAGGAGGGUGUAAUUACUCAGGUGUGUACGUAGAACAGGAAGACUAUCUAGACUAAUCCAACACUAUGUUGUUUCUGUACCUGCACAUAAGUGACAAUUUAUUAUCAUAUUAUUACAAACAGAGUGUGUGUUUGUGUAUGAAUGUGUGUGAGAAUGAAAAAGAGAAAGAGAGAACAUAAAAAAUGCUCAACCUGUGUGUUAUUAUAAUUGUUUUGUUUUCUGUUUUUUUAUUUUAUUGUAUUGAUGUCAUGUUGAAUUUUCUUCGUGUUGUCUCCAUGAUGUCAGGUUGCAUCAGGUGUAUGUGUGUCUGAAUAGACACAAGACUCUCAAAACAAGCUGAAUUUUGGGGACAAAGACUAAGUUCAUACUGCAAAGUAUAGAUUCCGAAAAGAUCACUACAGAACACAGAGUUUGCAGGCCACCAUAUUUGCUGCUUGAGAGUCAGGAUGUUAUUCACGUGUCUGAGCAGAGCACUGUCUGGCCUCUGCUGAGUGGGACUGUUCUUUUUCCUGCUGCUCCACCUUGCAACACUAUGAUGCAAAUUGAUAAAAAGGUCAGAUUUGCCAAUCAUAAGUGUGUUGUUUUUUGUCAAAUUUAACCUUCAAUGCCACUUCACAUGAACUCUUUUCGUGAGUGACUUGCAGUAAGAUUGAAAGAGAGGAUCACUAGAACCUUUGGUGGAAUAAAAAAAAAAACCCUAUGGAAGAUCUUUAUCACUUCUUUCACACAUCAUACGUAGAAUUAUUUUUGUUGGAUAAAACAUGCCACUGAUCUUUCUAUUAUUAAUAUUUGAAUGAAAUGAAAUAAAAUCUGCUGCUUCAAAUGUACCGCUUUCUAACAGGAAGUAGAUGGCUACAGUAGUGUGCAAGUGAAGUUUGUCUGGUCUACAUGCAAAUGAUGAUUGUGUAGGCAAAUAGAAAUUGGGAAAUCAUUGCAUUAUCUAAUAUUGUAAUAUUAUUACUAUUAAUAUUAUUGUAAUAAAUAUUAUUUUAAGUGUUAUUUUUGUUAUUUUCCAGAAUAGAGUUCUAGUAUAAAUAAAGUUUGUUGGUAAAUAUUAUUAUAUUUAGAAUGACACGAAUGGCAGUUAUAUUGUAAACAGUGUUUAAAAUGUUAAUAUGAUUUAUGUUAUUGUAAUUAUUCUAUUAUCUUUAUUACCAUCAUUACAUUAGUUAAUAUUAAUAAACACAAAAGCACUUGUGGGGUAUGUUUAUAUUUGAGUGCCAUGCGACUACAUGUUGAUUAUUGAGUUUGUCUGUACAUAAUAUUUUAUUUUCUCUUUUUACAAAUCCACAUUUCACUUAGUUUAAAUAUAAAUGUUUUAUCGCCCUUUCCUUUUUUUUGUUACAAUGGUUCUUAAAUGUACUUGGCAAUUUUAUAAACCCCUGUAAUAAACUAUAAUGUGAAAAGCCACUA